AUGAUUGACUCUACUUCUGUUUCAGUAACAGCAAACAACAAGGCUUUGAAGAGCGAAUCCAGCCCGAAAGUCACUUAUUCUUCCGGAGAAUCAAAUUCCAAUACCAAUCAAGCUCUGUGGUCAUUUGAUGAUGCCAUGAAAAUGGAUCCCGAGACAGUCCGAAACUUGCAACUCGCGCACCUAAACAAGCUACGAACUAUCCAUGGUCAUGCUCGAAAUUUCGUCAAGGCUGAGAAUUCUCGAUUUGUAGAUGAGAAAGGACAGGAACAUCUUGAUUUGAUUGGCGGUGUCGGCGUCGUUACUGUAGGAAACAACAAUGAAUACGUCUGGGACUGCUUACAAAAGUGCUUCAACGAAAAGCUUUACAUGAUGGGUGCCAUUUCAUACCGUAACCUUGCUGCUGCUUUUAGUCGUAAUAUGGCAUUGCUUUCUCCUGGCCAAAAGCUCACUCGUACUUGGACAGCUACUGGCGGCGCCGAAGCAAAUGAGGGUGUUAUCAAGUUAGCUCGACUGGCUACUCGCUAUAAAAUCAACAAAAAACGAUUUCUCUCUACUCUCAACUCGUUCCAUGGUAAGACUACCGGUAGCGUAUUUUUGGGUGGUAAAGAAAAAUGGCAGAAAUACCAAGGUCCUCCCCCCUUUGACGUGGAUUAUAUUCCCUAUGGAGACUUUCAUGCACUCGAAGUUGCUCUGGCUUCUGGCAUAUAUCGCGCCUUUGUCGUAGAACCCAUUCAAGGCGAGGGCGGAGUCAUUGUCCCACCACCUGGUUAUCUUGCCAAAGCACGUGAACUUUGUACAAAAUAUGAAACUUACCUCGUUCUGGAUGAAAUUCAAACAGGAUGUGGUCGUACCGGUAAGUUUUGGGCAUGUGAGCAUGAAAAUGUUAUUCCUGACUGUAUUUCCUUCGCCAAAGGUUUUUCUGGAGGCUUGGUCCCUUUUGGAGGCUACAUUGCCACAGAAGAGCUAUGGAAUGCUGCUUACGGUACGGUUGAAACCGCAUUUUUGCACACCGCUACCUACCAGGAAAACACACUUGGUCUUGCUGCCGGCGUUGCGACUAUUGAUUUCAUUUAUCAAAACAACCUUCUCGAUAGAGCGAAUAAAAUGGGUGCUAUCAUGUUUGACCGCCUCAGUAAACAUCAAAGCAGAUAUCCCCACAUUAUUAAAGAAGUCCGUGGCCGAGGCAUGAUGAUUGGUAUCGAGUUCUACCCUCUUCCUGCCUCUGUGCAAGAAUUAUUCGGCGAGUUUUAUGCCACUCCUGUUGUUGAUGAUCUUGCCAAUAAGCAUCAUGUUCAAGUAUAUUGUUCGUUAAACAACCCUUCUGUUUUCCGUUUUCUUCCUCCUUUAACCAUUCCUGAAGAAGAUUUAGAUGAAGGAAUGGAAGCGGUCGAAAACGCUAUAACAGCCUUCGAUUCCAAAGUCAAAGAUGCCGUGUCCACCAAAGCUGCUUAA